AUGGGGCUGCAGCCACACCUUUUCCUCCUGGGGCUGCUGCUGCUCCUGGGGCGAGGGACCACCCAAGUCCAUACCUUUCCGGAAGAGAAUACAUUGGAAGAGCAGCUAUGGCCAGAGAGCCCGAAGAAUGUUCCCUUCCUGUGCAACCCAAAGACGUCAGGAUCCAACACGCCUUCUCAGUCAGUCCACUCUCUGAGACCUUCUGAUAUUAAAUUUGUGGCAGCCAUUGGCAACGUGGAAACGCUUCCAGACCCGGGGCUGGCCGAGGCGGAGAGGCCGCACUGGGCCCGGCCACAGCAGGCGUGCGUGGGAGUGGUGACAGUCCUUUCAGAUGUCAUCAGACACUUCAACCCCUCUGUUCUGAGGCCCGUGUGCACCCCUGGGAAGAGAGUGAUACCCCACAGUGGUGCUGAAGACUUGUGGAUUCAGGCAAAAGAACUGGUGAGGAGUAUGAAGAAGAACCAGCAACUUGACUUUCAGAAUGACUGGAAGCUCAUCAGUGUGUUCUUCAGUAAUACAAGCCGUUGUCACCAGGGUCCCUCCGCCCAGCAGGUAAACCAGCAGGCUGGGGGGGGCAUGGACAGGCUGACCAGAAUGCUGGACUACCUGCUGCAGGAGGUCCCUAGAGCAUUUGUGAACUUGGUGGACCUCUCUGAGGCUGCAGGUGGUUCUCCCUGGCAUCAGGGGACCCAGCUCAGCCCCUCCGCAGAGCCCUACAGGUGCUCAGGGCAUGUCUCGAAGCUGUCCAGGGUCGUGGCACAGUGGUCCUAUCAGGAGAGCUGGGAACGCCUGCUGGCCUCCAGCAAGUACAACGAGCAGGAGUCCUUCGCAGUGGUUUUCCAGCCCUUCUUCUACGAGACGGCCCUGUCACCACACUCGGGGGAGUGGCCACUCCAGGAUCCCGCCACACUCGCCUUGAAUCUCUGGAACAGCAUGAUGGAGCCCGCAGGACAGAAGGAUGAGCCAUUCAGUGCAAACGAGAGAAGGCUGCUGAAAUGCCCCUCUCAGGAAAAUCCCUAUCUGUUCACCUAUAGAAACAGCAACUACCUGCCGAUGGAGACCCAGGAGAAGCUCGAGGCAAGAGAUGGAGCAGAAAUCAGAUGCCCUGACAAGGACCCCUCCAACACGAUUCCCACCUCAGUUCACAGGCUGAAGCUGGCGGACAUCAAGGUGAUUGCAGCCCUGGGUGACUCUCUCACGGCAGGAAACGGGGCCGGGUCCAAGCCUGGGGACAUCUUGGACGUCUUGACUCAGUAUCGAGGCCUGUCCUGGAGCGUGGGUGGAGAUGGGAACCUCAGCAGCGUCACCACUCUGGCCAACAUCCUCCGGGAAUUCAAUCCUUCCCUGAAGGGCUUCUCUGUUGGCACCGGGAAAGAAAACAGCUCUGGAGCCUUCUUUAACCAGGCUGUGGCCGGAGACCGAGCUGAGAAUCUACCUGUGCAGGCCAGGAGGCUGGUGGACCUGAUGAAGAAUGACAAGAGUAUAAAUUUUCAGGAAGAUUGGAAGAUAAUAACUGUGUUUAUAGGAGGCAACGACCUCUGUGAUUUCUGCAAUGACCCGGUCCACUAUUCUCCCCAGAACUUCACUGACAACAUUGGGAAGGCCCUGGACAUCCUCCACGCUGAGGUUCCUCGGGCAUUUGUAAACCUGGUAAAGGUGCUGGAGAUCGUCAACCUGAGGGAGCUGUACCUUGAGAAGAAAGUCUUCUGCCCGAGGCUGAUCCUCAGGAAUUUGUGCCCCUGUGUCCUGAAGUUCGAUGAUAACUCAACAGAACUUGCCUCCCUCAUCGAAGUGAAUAAGAAGUAUCAGGAGAGGACUCACCAGCUGGUUGAGGGCGGGCGCUAUGACACGAGGGAAGACUUCACGGUGGUCGUGCAGCCAUUCUUCGAAAAAGUGGACAUGCCGAAAACCUCGGAGGGGUUGCCUGACAGCUCUUACUUCGCGCCUGACUGUUUCCACUUCAGCAAGAAGACCCAUGGCCACGUGGCCAAAGCUCUCUGGAACAAUAUGCUGGAACCGGUCGGCCAGAAGGCAACGCAGCAUGAUUUUGAAAGCGAGAUCAAUAUCACGUGUCCGAACAAGGAUUGGCCGUUUCUGAGCACCUACAAGAACAGAGUGCAGGACCACGGGAGCCAGCUGCCGUGUGGCGACAGAGCCCCCUCAGCCUCACCGCCUACCUCAGUGCACGCCCUGAGACCUGCAGAUAUCCGAGUGGUGGCUGCUCUGGGGGACUCUCUGACUGCUGGCAACGGAAUUGGCUCAAAACCAGACGACCUUUCUGAUGUCACCACACAGUAUCGGGGGCUCUCCUAUAGUUCAGGAGGAGACGGCUCCCUGGAGACCGUGACCACCUUACCCAACAUCCUCCGGAAGUUUAACAGAGAUCUCACGGGCUACGCUCUGGGCACCGGCAACGCCAACGACACGAAUGCGUUCCUCAACCAGGCUGUUCCUGGAGCAAAGGCUGAGGAACUUACAGGCCAAGCCCGGACUCUGGUGCAGAGGAUGAAAGAUGAUCACAGAGUAAAUUUCCAAGAGGACUGGAAGGUCAUCACAGUGCUGAUUGGAGGCAGUGACUUGUGUGACUACUGCACAGAUUCGAAUCUCUAUUCUGCAGCCAACUUUUUUGACCGUCUCCGCAAUGCCUUGGACAUGCUGCAUAGAGAGGUGCCCAGAGCCCUGGUCAACCUUGUGGACUUCAUGAGCCCCAGUGUCAUGCGGCAGGUGUACCUGGGAAACCCAGACAAGUGCCCAGUGCAGCAGGCCAGCGUUCUGUGCAACUGUGUCCUGACCCCUCGGGACAGCUCUCUCGAACUGGCCAGACUGGAAGCCAUCACCAGAGCCUACCAGAGCAGCAUGCGUGAGCUGGUGGAGUCAGGCCGCUACGACACGAGGGAGGACUUCUCCGUGGUACUGCAGCCCUUCUUCCACAACAUCCGGCUCCCCACCCUGGAGGAUGGGCGCCUGGAUAUGUCUUUCUUCGCCCCAGACUGCAUCCACCCAAGUCAGAAAUUCCACUCCCAGCUCUCCAGGGCCCUUUGGGUCAAUAUGCUUGAGCCACUGGGAAGGAAAACAGAUACCCUGGACCUCACAGCAGAUACACCCCUCUCCUGCCCCACCCAGGGUGAGCCUUUUCUGAGAACCCUCCGGAACAGUAACUACACAUACCCUGCCAAGCCAGCCGUCGAGAACUGGGGCAGUGACUUCCUGUGUAUGCAGUGGAAUCCUUCCAACAGCGUUCCCACCUCGGUUCAUGAGCUCCGACCAGCAGACAUCAAAGUGGUGGCCGCCCUGGGUGACUCACUGACUACAGCGGUGGGAGCCCGCCCAGGCAACUCCAGUGAGCUGCUCAGGUCCUGGCGGGGACUCUCCUGGAGCAUUGGCGGUGACGGGGUCCUGGAGACUCACACCACACUGCCCAACAUUCUCAAGAAGUUCAAUCCUCAAGUCCUCGGGUUCUCCACCGGGACCGAGAAGGAGACGGCAGGACUGAAUGUAGCUGUGGAAGGGGCGAGAGCUCGGGACAUGCCAGCCCAGGCCCGGGACCUGGUGGAGCGAAUGAAAACCAGCCCUGAAAUCAACCUGGAGAAAGACUGGAAGCUGAUCACACUCUUCAUUGGGAGCAACGACCUGUGUCAUUAUUGCGAGAACCCGGAGGCCCACUCAGCGGGGGAAUAUGUUCGGCACAUCGAGCAGGCCCUGGACAUCCUCUACAAGGAGCUUCCAAGGGCUUUCGUCAAUGUGGUGGAGGUCAUGGAGCUGACCGGCCUGCACCAGGGCCAAGGCGGGAAAUGUGAAAGGCCCCUGGCAGCUCAGAGCAACUGCACUUGCUUCAGACACUCCCAGGAGGACUCCCCAGAGAUGCAAGAACUGAAGAAAGUGAACUGGAACUUUCAGAGCGGCGUCUCCAGGUUCUCCUUCCAGCACCAGUACCUGCAGCGGGAGGACUUCGCGGUGGUCGUGCAGCCUUUCUUCCAGAACACCCUUGUCCCCCUGAACGUGAGAGGAGGAGCUGACCUGACCUUCUUCUCCGAAGACUGUUUCCACUUCUCAGAGCGUGGUCACGCCGAGAUGGCCAUCGCACUCUGGAACAACAUGCUGGAACCAGUGGGCCACAAGACAACCUCCAACAACUUCACCUACAGCCGAACCAAACUCAAGUGUCCCUCUCCUGAGAGCCCCUACCUCCACACCCUGCGGAACAGCAGGCUGCUCCAGGACCAGACUGAAACAGACCCCAAGGUGCUCUCCUGGGCCGUGCCGGUGGCGGCCGGGGGUGGCCUUGCAGUUGGCGUCGGCGCGAUGGUGGCAUGGAGAGCCAUGAGAGGUCGCCAGAGGGACAGUGCUCCCAUCAGCCUGACCACUAUGAGCUUCUAG